AUGGAUUUUUCAGCCAUCCAACCUUAUCAAUAUGUGGCCAUUCGGCUACCCUCAGACCAGACCAGGGUUGAACAAAUGGUCCCAAACACUGUGAUAAAUCUGGGCAAAUAUGGGUCUUUCCGCACAAACCAGAUCAUCGGGCGUCCUUACCACCUGACUUUUGAGAUUCUUGACCGAUCCGAGGUCAAGAACGGCAGAGAGCUGCGAGUCGUGCAGGCUGCCGAGCUGCAUGCCGUUGCUCUGGUGGAGCAGGCAGAGACGGACGGGGAUGUGUCGACGCCCGUGACCGAGCUGGACGAUGUAGGAGUCUCCCAACAGCCGACGCCCAAGUCCAACGUCAACACCCACGACGACCCCACGAACCAAAAAUUGACCAUGACCGAAAUCGAAGCGCUCAAGCGCAACACCAUGGGCAGCGGGAGAGAAUUGAUCGACAAGAUCAUGCAAUCCCACUCCACCCUGGAUCAGAAGACGGCCUUCUCGCUCGCCAAGUACACGCUCAGGAAGCACAAGAAGUACAUGAAGCAGUUCACCGUGUUGCCGCUUGACGUGCCCACGCUGGUGGAUUGGAUGAUGGCAGAUCGGGAAUUUGUGAAAAUCAUGGAGAUGAGGAACGAAGCCGUAGGCCUGGUUGGAUGUUGGGCGAAUGUCCACGCCGCUGGGGAAGACUCUGCCGUGUUCGUCGACAUGGAUCCAUGCUCGCGGUAUCUGGUUGUAGAUGACACGGGCGGGCUGCUUGUGGCAGCCAUGGCGGAGAGAAUGGGGAUUCUGCACCCGACAGACCUGGGACACGAAGAGGCGACCGCCAGCGCUGAAGAUGAAGACAUCGACGACGAACGGCCCGAUGAGGCAGCGACGCAUGUACAUCGAAGACCACACCGGCAGAAAUACCGCCCCUCGGCAAUGAGCGCAUCUUCCAACACAAUCACACUGGUGCACGCGAAUCAACAGCCCAAUCUAGGCUUGCUCCGAUACUUCAACUUCGACUCCAACGCCCCCACGGCCUCCCACCCCUUAUUCGCCCGCCUCAAGACCCUCUCGUGGCUACAACUACUUGAUCCCGCAUCAGGCAUCACGUACCAAGAACCUCCCAGGAUCCCGGAUGCAGAACUUGCGCGGAUGAAAUCGAACCGGAGGAGUGCCUACUUCCGCAAACGACGACGGUGGGAACGCAUCAAGACUGUCGUGGACGAGACGCAGGCCGGCGGCUUCAACGGCCUGGUCGUGGCGAGUUUCACAGAUCCCACCUCGACGUUGCGCCAUCUCGUGCCCUUGUUGGCCGGUGGGAGCCAGGUGGUGGUCUACUCCCCCAACGUCGAACCUCUCGUCGAAUUGGCGGAUUACUACUCUACAGCACGACGGGUGGCGUUCAUCAACACACCGCUGGAACAACGAAAUGUCCCGUCGGAGGAUUUUCCGGUUGAUCCGACGCUGCUUUUGGCGCCGAUGGUGCUGACUGCACGAGUGAGGAAGUGGCAGGUCUUGCCGGGCCGGACGCAUCCGUUGAUGACGGGACGGGGUGGUGCAGAGGGCUAUAUCUUUGUGGGCACUAGGGUGGUGCCUGCACAAGGGAGGGUUGAAGCGAGAGGCAGACCGCCUAGGGGGAAGAAGGUCAAAGUCGAAGACAAGUCUGCCGGAAGUUCAGUUCAAGGUGAAGAGGAAGAUGGGAAGAGAGCGGUAGACGCUGAGGAGACGCCUCAAUCGCCGCUAAAGAAAUUGAAGGUCGAGACUGUGGCGCCAGGAGAGGAUCAUCUAGUUGCGCUUGAGGCUGUUAUCGACCAGGCAUGA